CGUCUCAUCUCAUGCAACUCUUGACCAUCAUCAGACCUAGGUGGCUGCUUGUGAAUCCGAUUCGCAUUCUUAUCUUGGCAGGGACGAUUUAUGUCUGUACAUGUGUUUGAGAAGACAUUUAUUUUUUCCAACCCCAUUGAUUUGACAGCACUUCAUGAAACCUUGGUUAUUGCUGUCAUUUUGUACCAGCUUCUUCAAACACGCUUAAUGAUAACUCUUGAAAAAUCGACAUUGGCGUUCUUGUCUGAUAGCACGAGUAUGAUUGAUCCGCCCGGAGUCAUGGUCAUUUUCUCAAUGUCAAGACAUGGGAAAUCUAGAUAUUGCGACAUCUGCCGCCAACCUUGAUAGAAAAUUCCAAGACUUGGUUUACCGGCGGAACAAAACUCGUACGUCGGACGGAGAUGAUGAUCAUAAUAAUAGAUUAGUAUGUGCAGAAG